CGCCGCCCCGCCACGCGCCGCCGGAGCAGCUCGGCCACGCACCGCGCCGCGGCCCGGAGGUGAAGGCGGAUGCCCGAGGCAGGGGGACCGCAGGGAGAACCCGCGACAUCCUUACUGGCAGCCGGCCCUCUAGCCACACUCGGCAGCAUCACCCCAGCAACCAGCGACCAGACGGCUUCCCACCGUCAGGAGGACAGGGAAUGACUGCGGCGCAUCUGGCCCCACGGUGGCCCUGGGAGGUGGAGUGUCCCUGAGGGAGGGCUCAGCCGCCUCCCGCAGCGCAAGAGCCAUGCCAGCUGGAGAGGAGGCACCGGGGCAAGGGCUGCAACGGGGCAUGGCCUUGCCCCCCCACCCACGCUGAGCGCUCCAGGGCACCGGCUCCCAUCCACUGGGCGCACCUGCCUCAAGUCUCAGCUCCCCCGCUCGGUGGCCACCGGGAGAGGCGCCCCAUCCUGUGCUCCGCGUCUGGGCCCGCCGCUGCCGGACCAUGGGAUGUCGGCAAAGCUCAGAGGAGAAAGAGGCAGCACGGCGGUCCCGGCGAAUUGACCGCCACCUGCGUUCGGAGAGCCAGCGGCAGCGCCGCGAGAUCAAGCUGCUCUUGCUGGGCACCAGCAACUCGGGCAAGAGCACCAUUGUGAAGCAGAUGAAGAUCAUCCACAGCGGCGGCUUCAACCUGGAGGCCUGCAAGGAGUACAAGCCGCUCAUUAUCUACAACGCCAUUGACUCACUGACCCGCAUCAUCCGUGCCCUGGCCGCGCUCAAGAUCGACUUCCACAACCCUGACCGCGCCUACGACGCCGUACAGCUGUUCGCACUGACGGGCCCUGCCGAGAGCAAGGGCGAGAUCACACCUGAGCUGCUGGGUGUCAUGCGGCGGCUGUGGGCCGACCCCGGGGCGCAGGCCUGCUUCGGCCGCUCCAGCGAGUACCACCUGGAGGACAACGCGGCCUACUACCUGAAUGACCUGGAGCGCAUCGCCGCGCCCGACUACGUGCCCACCGUGGAGGACAUCCUGCGCUCCCGGGACAUGACCACGGGCAUCGUGGAGAACAAGUUCACCUUCAAGGAGCUCACCUUCAAGAUGGUGGACGUGGGCGGGCAGAGAUCAGAGCGCAAAAAGUGGAUCCACUGCUUCGAGGGCGUCACCGCCAUCAUCUUUUGCGUGGAGCUUAGUGGCUACGACCUGAAGCUCUACGAGGACAACCAGACGAGCCGGAUGGCGGAGAGCCUGCGCCUCUUUGACUCCAUCUGCAACAACAACUGGUUUGUCAGUACCUCCCUCAUCCUCUUCCUCAACAAGAAGGACCUGCUGGCUCAGAAGAUCCGGCGCAUCCCACUCACCGUGUGCUUCCCUGAGUACAGCGGCCAGAACACCUACGAGGAGGCCGCCGUCUACAUCCAGCGGCAGUUCGAGGACCUGAACCGCAACAAGGAGACCAAGGAGAUCUACUCCCACUUCACCUGUGCCACCGACACCAGUAACAUCCAGUUCGUGUUUGACGCCGUGACCGACGUCAUCAUCCAGAACAACCUCAAGUACAUCGGCCUCUGCUGAGGAGCCAGCGUCGGCUGUGGCGAAACUGGGGUAUCACACCCCCACUCGCGCUGGUGACCAGCACGGGGGCAGAAAACGGGGGCCCGGAGCGUGUCCCCUGCCCCGCCUCCUCGGCCCCCACGUUUCCGCAAACAUGAAUAUGUACGGAUAGAUCGCUAGGUAAGUAGACACACUUGCGCACACACACACACGCACACACACACGUGCACGCUCUGCAGACAGCAGGCUCCCCACGUGGCUGAGGUCCCAUGAAGACUUGAGGAGCUGUCACCAAGUCCACCCCGAGCCCCUCCUGCCACAUCACCCUGCCUUCCCGACGUGGCCCCACUCUGCAUGGGGGUCCGAGGGACCACAGGGAGGGGCGACUGGCUCCCUGGGAGGCGACCCAGAGCAGGGGCCACGCCGCCCCAUGUACGCGCUAGGACCGGGCACCAGGCCUGCGACAGCACUGACCAGCCCUCCGGCCACUCACAGCUCUUUUUAAACCGCUUCGGAAUAUGCAGCAAAACUCCACAUGGUGACACGCGUGGCGCAACUUGUCUCAGACCAGGCCAGCUGGGCGCCAGCUUUUCUUCUACGAGUCGGACGUUUUAUAAACCGAAACCUGGUUUUUCUCCUCUGACGUCUUUUUUUUUUUUUUUUUUUUGGCCAAAUCUCGUGGUGUUUCG